AUGUACAUACUACAGAAAACAAUGAGGGUAAGAAAAAACAAUUCCCCAUUCUUCCUUUAUUUUUCUUUUACGGAAUUUCCUGGGAAUGUUUUGUUUUGUUGUUCUAAUACUUCUUUCCCCCUCCUCCCGAAAGAGCAGUAAACGACAUUCGGGACUCAGUCCCCCCAGGUGAAGCUUUGGCUUCUCUGCUAAACUGGAGUCGUGUCGCAUGCACUACAGCCAAGGUUUAAAAGUAGUGCGUAUGUGGAUAUUGUUAAAUGGCUUUGCUGUGUUGUGGGGAAAAGAACGGCUCCCACGUUAAAAGAACUGGAGGGGUGUCUCUUUUUCUCUUUAUGGGAUCCUGUCAAAGUGCAUUUUUGCUUACAGAUCCAAAAUGCACAUUGCGGUUUGGUUUCGCGUUUGGCUGCUGUUGUAUAAAUGUAAUUGGGCCAGCUUCAGAGCACUUGUGCUCCAGAGACUGCUGGCGAAAGUACAGUAUGCGUUUUACAUUGUUUUAUCUAGAAAUAAGGAAUUCUUUGAGCUCUAUUCCAGUGUUUACUGACAGACAUAACAAGAGUAGGUGACUUUUAGCCUCGGCAUGGGCGAACAUAAAGAUCUUAAACAUCCCAGCUCCGCAUUCUUAACAUGCCAAAGCAAAUAUAUUAUUUCCCUCUCUUUCUCCCCUCCCCUCCUUUCUUCUCUCUCUCUCUCAGUUAGCUUUUAACUUGUUUGGUUAUUGCUCUCUUUUCUUGGAGUGGAACUAGAUGUUGCUAGACGCACUACUUUGUGUAUAUUUUGUACUCUUCAUGGCAACCUAUAGCAUUCUACAAUGCACAAUGUGAUGUCAUCACCCGUUUCAUUUUUCUGACACCACGAUCAAUGAUAAGAGAGGGAACACAUGGCAGAAUGUUAUGUUAUUUUAGAUUUUUGUGUUCCUUGGGGCACGGAGAGGUUUUGCUUUUCGCUUGUAUUAUUCGAUAAUAUACCACAUAAGGGAAACAUGUCAUGCAACUACAAGUCUCAAAACCAUUGAAUCCAUUGUCUUGGUAGUCAAUGUGGUACAGGGGGGUGGCAUUUCCCUGGGCUGGGAAAAUCCAGGUUCAAACAUCUAUUCAGUCAUGUUUUUGGGGUAGCCUUCAGUAAGUCCCUGUUAUGCCAACCUCAGAAGGUCAUUGUGAAAAGAAAAUGGGGUGUUUUAAAGGAAAUCCACAGGCAAGCAACUUAUUUGAGAUAAGCCAGUCCUCUCUAGAGAUGUGAAGGCGCUGUCAAAAAGACAAGAAAAGAAUCAGGGAAAAACCCCAAUUUCAUUCUUUCCCUCCCCUUAAGACUUCUUCCUGGUUUUUCCAGUGGGGGAAAUGGAAGUAGGUUUUGUUGCCACAGAAUAUCUAAGGGUGUAAAGAAAUGGAUCCUGGGUAGGUUUAGCUGAAAUGCAAUGUACAGUCACCAUUUGUUUGCAUUGACCCCCCCCCCCCCCAGGUGUGCAUAUGUUCCCUCUAGCUGUACAUUCUGGGGGUGGUGGGUGAGGAACAGGAGCAGAAUGCCUGCUAUCAUUGCUUCUUAAACUCUGCAUGUUCAGGGUGAGUGUGAAAGUGGCCUCCUUGCCCAGAGCCAAAUACACAUGGGGCUCCUUCACAAAAUUCCCAAUUGCCCCACAAACCAAGCUGUACACAUGUACAGCAGUUUGCACACAUUCUGCUUUUACAUUCAUUCUAAACAUGUGGGUGCCAGGGAGCAUGGGUAGUGUGUGCACCAAUACUAGCAAAGUUGCCAGCAGGUGCAAGCCUCUACCCAAGUUUAUUCAUCAUGUGAGGAGGGGGUUGUUUAGUGUAGAUGUGCUAACAUGUCAUUUCAUGGAUUUGGAACAUCGUCAUGCGUGGCCAAGGAUUCUACUCUUCAUAUUCAAAUCUAGGUGCCUAAGAACACAAGAGUAGUCCUUCUGGAUCAGGCCAAAGGUUCGUUUUGUCCAGCAUUUUGUUUACAUCAACAGCUGGCCAGAUGAUGAGAAAGGGCAUGAAGGCAACAGCCCUCCCAUGUUGUCCGCCCUCCACAUCUGGUGUUCAGAGGUCUACUGCCUCUUAACAUGGUAACUUUCAACUAUCACAGCUGAGAGUUGUUGAUACACCUGUCUUCCUCAACUGAUAAGAAAUAAGAACUACACAACUUUUAUAAGACAUCUGAAGGCAGCGCUGUAUUGGGAAGUUUUUAAUGUUUGACAUUUUAUUAUUAUUUUUUAUGUGUUGGAAGCUGUCCAGAGUGGCUGGUGUAUAAAUAAUAACAUUUGCAUUAUUAUCAGGAUUGUAUCCUAAAUGGGGCCACUGAUGAACAAGAGGGAGGGAGCAGCAGGCUUGGAAGCAAACCCAAGGUUUGCAAAAGUACAAAAAGAUUUCCCUAGGGGGAAAUCUUAAAAGGAAAACCCCACCACUACCAAAACCAUCUAGUUAGUACUGUCCAUAGUCAGUGGCCUCAGGAUGCUGAAUGUCCAUUGGUGGAAUGGCAACUGGGAGCAGUAUGGAAUGGUGUUCCUGGAAGAGGGCUUGGCUGGCAGACUCUAACCUUGAAAAGAAGUGCACUACAUGACAACAUUUUGUUGCAGGCCCCACUGGUCUAAGCAGAUGGCCAUCCCUGCAUCUUGUUGCUGUGAAUCUUAUGUUAAUUAUUCACUUUGUGAAGGAAUACCUCCUUUUGCCUGUGUUAACCCUGCCAAUGAAUCAAUUUCAUUGCCUGACCCUGCGUUUUAAUACUAUGAAAGAAGCAUGUUCCCUCCUAUUCCAUAAUCUGCAGUUUGGGCAUGCAUCUAGAUGAAAUAGCCUGACAGUGCACACUGUACAUGAGUAGCUCAUUAAAAACCACUGCCAUAUCCCUUAAAAGGAAGGAGUAAACUCACAGGCAACUCGCAUAAUAAACAGAGUCGAGCUGCCUUCCACGUCCCUCCCUCCCUCCCAAAGAAACAUCCCAUUUGUCAAGCUGUCAUGUGAGCCUACAAGGAUGCCUUGUGACUAAAUUUGUGAAAUACCACAGAACAUUACCAAGAAAGCACUUGUGCAUAGAAUUGCUGUGUCUCAUUUCUCAAUUGUAUGUCAAUUAGAUGCUGUACAUUUUGUCUCUCGUCCCCAUUCACAUGAGUCACUUCAAACAUUUAAAUGACAAACACUGGCCUGAACUGUGGGAGGGAUAUGCUGCUGUUUACUAUUAGGGACAUUCCGCCUUCUAAGUCGUAAACAGCUGUGCAGGAUUCUGUCCUAGCAUAUGAGCUGGCAGGAGUUUUCUUCUUUCUUGGUGUCAGGGUGAUGUUGGAAUUAACUUAGACAAGUCCCCAACUGGCUUGCUAAAUAUUGCUUUUUUGGGGGGGGGGGAGGGGGAAAGCUUCCUUAAAAGGGAACAUAAUGUUUGGCUGAUGCUUUAUAUAGCAGAGCUGGCUCACACUGAAUUAAUGUCCCAUAUGAAAUUUAAUGUUGCUCCCCCAGCUCACAUCAUGUUGUGGUACUGCCUCCUCAAGGUUGUCCCAAAAGUAGUUCCAUCCCCCUCUUUUUUAUAUAAGUAAAUUGUAUGAAGGGAAGGACCUGAAAUGGGAGCAGUUAUGAGAGUUGCAAUACCUUUGUUCUAGCCCCCAUUGUCCUAAGAGGUGUGAGGCAUUUGUGUUACACCAUUCAGGGUUUGUUUUGGGUUUCACAGUAGCCCCCUAGAUUUGGAUAAGCCAGGCAGCUGCAUGUCCUUCAUAUUGUGUUGAGCUGCCAGGAAUGCGGGGAGUGGAAGAGGGUUAACAGUAGAAAGCAACAAUUAUUUUAGUGUUAGUAUUAAUGAUGAAGUGAGGUUGACUCAUCACCUUGGACCUUGCAAUGAACAUCCAUGAGUUUUCAUCAGGUAGUGGGAGAUUCAUGAACUGUUUGCUUGCAUAUGCAUCAAAGGGCAGUAAGGAGUCAUGCAUGCCCAUUACAAAGUUUGCUGAAGCUCCAUGGCUGGUGGAAUUUUUCAUGUGCCAUAUAGACAUUACAUAUGCAUGGUAGAAUUCUGAGUGAUGGCAUACAGGAGCUCUAGCAGUACUUAACAGUGAUGUAUUAUAACUUAGUUAAUGAAUCCCCAAAUAUUGCAGGAUAUCUACAUUUUAGUGCAAUUAAGGGAGACUUUGUGGUUUAUGAUGUGCCUGGCAGUGACUGGUUUAGUUGCUCUAAUGUCACAGAAAGCAGAAAUGUCUCUGACUGCCAUUGGCUCAGCAGCUCAGAGCUCAGAAACAAGCAUGGCAGGCAGCAGGAAAGGCGAUAUAGAAGAAACGGGGGGUUUGGAAAGGAAAGGUCCUGAGAAAGCAGUGCCAAUCCAUCAAAGAAAGUAGGGUCCAGAGAAUGGAGGGAAAGCAAAGGCUGGGGCAUGGGAGGGGGGGAGAGACUGCAAAGAAAAGAAAACUGAGAUGGCAAAAUUGCUCAUGACCAGGAAAUGCAAAGGUGAAGAAUUGCAAAUUAACUAGCAAUAAAGAGCCCUAUCUUUGGCUAUAGGCAUCGAGUAUUCACAUAUUUCAGGAAACUAAUUUUCUACUAGAUCUCUUGCUCGUGGCAAUAAUACAGUCUCGUAGACAUGAUACCAUACAUACUAGCCAUGAAAUGUUUACAAAGCCAUCCCAAUAUCCAUGGCACGAAGGAAGCAGAGCAAUGUCACCUGAGCCACUAUUGAGGAUUUCUCUUAGCAGCUACUCCUGAUAUAGCUUAGCAACCUUGAAAAUUCAGGCUAGUAAACACGAGAUACUGAGAAAGCAUAUGGAGGGCUGAUGCAUAAUCACUCUGACAUUCACGUUUCAUGAUCUAAGCACACCAUGGCAACCUGAUUGUUUUCGCCUCCCAUGUAAAUUUGCUUUGCAGCCACACAUAUUUGUAGUUGUUGACUAUCGCAUACUUCAGUCUGAUAGCUAGGAGAAGAGCUGGAUGUGGGGGAGCUCUGAUCUCUGCCAAUAACCGAGGAUAGCAGGUAUACUAUUUUUCCCUGAAGCAAGACAGAAACACAAGACUCUGUCUGGUUGUGUUUGCACUCACCAGUAUGUUGCUAAGCCAAGCAGGCAGUCUGUUUCUGUCCCAGGAUAAGACCUGGUUCCUGCCACCUCCCUCUGACCAUGCUUAAAGAAAGCUGCCAGACUCAGAGACUCGGUUUAACCAACUGCUCCCUUUCCCAACUGUCCCUAUAGCCCACACACCUCUGAAAGCAUCACCCCAGCAACGCGUUCUUCAGUGUUCCAGAAGCCAACUGCCUUCCCAGAUUGCCUGCUCUUUGGCAGAUGUUGUGUCAGCAGACACAUCUUCAGACACUUCUAGAAGUGUUUGUGUAUGAGAGGGCAGGGCAAAUGAGAUGAACUGCUGUCAAGAUCUAAACCAGAUCAAGCAGAACAGCCAUGCUUGAAUCGGUUUUCUGCUAAGUAGCCAUCUAAACGGGUCAGGCAGAAUUGCUUUGUUUCACCUUGGGAAGCUCCUCCUGUCAUGUGGAUAUUUCCUGCCCUGUCAAGACCCAUUGAAGAGACUUCACUACACAUGCCCUAUCCUUGGGAUGCUUGAACAUCAAUGGACUUGGAAGAGCAGUGUCAUUUCUCUUGAGAAUUCUCCCCCCAAGUGAGGCACACUGUUUGAAGUCUUUACUUACAAGGCUUAAACCCAGGAGUGAGGAGCUUCCAGAUUUGCUGGACGAAGAGCCCACCAACCAUGACCACUGAUCACUUGGGCUGAGGCUAUUGAGGAUUAAGUUGAACAACCCUUGGAAGGGUACAGGUCCCCAGCUCCUGUUGUAAGGCAACUCACUUCCACCAUGUGUUCAGUUUGUGGGUUUUUCAUUGGAAUGUUUUAAUUGUGAAUCUUAAGCUUCUCUUUUAAUAGUUACUUGUUUUCAUAAGAAUCCUUAUGAACAAUUUUUAAGACUGAUUGUUUGGUUUACUCCUUUGUAAGAAUGUGUCCUCGAGGUUGUCUUCAAACACUCUUAUUGUGAGACACAAAUGUCAUCCUGCUAGCCAGUGCACAAUGUAGACCUAUCAAUGCGUAUUUAAUUUAACAACAAAGCCAGACAAAAGGCUUCGUGCACACUUGGGCAUGUUGGGACUGCAAAUUCCUCUUCCAAAGUUCAUGCUAUGUUAUGUGCAGUACAAAAAAGCAGUCUGACCCUAUGAAGAGUUGGCCAGAGGUCUAAGCCGAAUAAUUGUAGUGGACUUAAGCAUGCCUAAUGUUGCACAGGAUCAGGCUAAUAUUUAUUCAAAACAUGGGAAAGCACCAAUGAGACAUAUGAAAAAGCCGCUGUAUAUGGCUCACAUCGCUUCCAUUUUCUCCCUCCACUUUUGCAGGAAACUAUGCCCCAGACACCAAUAUUUUCCAGCAUGCUUGGUUCCGGAUGUAGUGGGCAGGUGCAGCCAGAUACAGGAGAGAGGAGUGGAGAUCCUGUUUAUCAAGAUGGGAGUCUCAUCUCUGGAUCACUAGAGGCCCUGAUUGAGCGCCUAGUACCCACCACAGACUAUUAUCCAGAUGUAAGUAAACGGUUGGAGUUUUCCUUAUUUUUUGUCACCGUUUUCAUGGCCUGGGGACUUGAGGGUAUGCAGAGCUGCUGGAGGAGAACUCAGUUCAUCCUUGGUGUUUAUAAGUUUAUAACACUUUCCUAGGAUUUUUAGUUAGCAAUUGGUUGGUUGGUUGGUUGGUUGGUUGGUUGAAGCAGCUUUUCCCAUGGAAACAUGAUGAGCGUAUUUGCACAAUACAGUUAAAUUUCUUAAAAAGUUAUUUUCUCUCCCUAAGGAGCUUUGUGAUCUGUAGUUUGGGGGGAGGGGGGAGGGGGGAAUCUCCUCCCUCUGACCAGAGGCUGUUCUCAGCAUUAUCCAGCUAAGGAUCCUGGUGGAGAAAGCCUUGUAAAAAAAAGAAGAACUUCUUGUAUAAAAUCAGUAGAACUUUGCUGUGCAGAUAUGGCCUAGAUACUUUUGUUUGGUUGUUGAACAGCCAGCUUUCUCACUUUGCUGGUCAGAUCUUUGUUAGUAUACGCUGCAUUUUGAAUUUUCAAGCUUUUAUUAUUCGGAUUUGGACUGGGGAGACCUCAGCUCAAAGCUCACUUGGUAGCCUUAGGCUAGUCACUCUCUCUUUGUUAACCGGCUUCGUAGGGUUAUUUUGAGGAGAAACUAUACCAACCUGAGAUACUUGGAUUAGAAGAAAUUCAUGAAACUAAAUAUAAAUAGCAAAACAGAUGCAGAUUUGCCGCAUCCAGUGUUUUAAAAAUGCACUUUCUGAGUUUACACCUUCGUAAAUUCCUUAAGACAGCAUGCUGAUUGCCAGACCUCAGGGAAAUGAUUUGAUCAUGCCAUUUCAACAAGGAGGGGCUUAUCUCCCACAAAAAUUAAGUGAAUAAAUUUUCAUCUGAGGUGUGUUAGAAAGUAUCCACCCUUAAACUGGGAUGACAUUUGGCAGUGGCUUAAGCCUCUUGGUUUGCAUAUUGCUGUGACUGUUGAGUAUUUAAGUACAGUCAUAAAUUGGUUUUCAAACGCCUUGUGACUCGAAGGUUUUGGCUCCCAUACACCGCAAACCCGGAAGUGAGUGUUCUGGUAUGCAAACUUUUUUUGGAAGCCGAAUGUCCGCCGUGGCUUCCGUGGCUUUUGAUUGAGCGCGGGAAGCUCCUGCAGCCAAUCAGAAGCUGCGCCUUGGGUUUUCGAAUGUUUUCGGAAGUUGAACAAACUUCCGGAACGGAUUCCAUUCGAGAACCAAGGUAUGGCUGUUCAUGCAUGCUGAGAGUGGGACAAAAUGAAAUGUCAAGUAACAUGAGUAUUGUUAUAUCUCAGAGGCCCCUGAUUUCAGGGGCAAGCUGCAUCAUCACCUUUUAAAACAAUCUCUUCAUAUUCUCCUCCUCCUGCUCCCACAGUCAAAUCUGCCAAUUCAUGUACCUCUUGAAGGAGGAGAAUGUCUGAUAUACUCAACUUUAGUCACAUGAUAAAAAGUUAUUGAGUCCUGCCAGCCUAUUCAACCAGUUAUGCUGACCUGUAAUUGCAUUGCACCUAGUAGACAGGCAGUUCCCAUGUAUGUGUAAACCCUGGAAGGUUGCUUCUAAAUAGCUUGCUCUAUUCUUUCCUGACGUUUUAAAUGCAUACAGCACAACAAGAAUGCUUGAUCUUUCUUUAAUGAUGCUGUGGGGGGCAUAUUUAUACUUCUAUGUAUCUAUGAAUUAGGGGCAAACUCUGAAGGUUGAAGGAUUCCAAAUAUUAACACCAGCUUAAAAACAAACAAACCAAAAACUUGUCACAUUUAAAUUGGGACCAGCUUGAAACUGCAUUUUUCUCCUGCUCCUGGCACUAGCCAGCCCUCCCCUGCUGGUUUCCCCUUUUUCCAAACAAAAAGUAAUAGUUAUUUUGGGGAAGAGAAGGGAUAACCAGAUGUGUGGUCUGUCCUUAGCUGGAAAUUAUGCCCUCCCACCCAAGUAUAUGUAGGAGUUUUCUUUGCCUCCUGAAUUGAAUCAGGAGACAGAGAAAAGCAUAAUCACCGUGGUCUUUGGCUAUCAUUUCCUGCCAAGGACUGUGAGAUUUGCAGUUUUAUCUUUCAAAUCAAUUCAAGAAGAAAGGGGAAUUGCACAAUCUGCAACAAGAAAAUACAAUAUUUCAAUAGUGGCCCAUAUAUUACAUGAUCCUUGCCUUUUGGUGCCAUUAUCCAGGUUAUACCCAAGAUUGGUGUGCCAUUCUUGCCCCAUUUCAUAGAAUCAUGGAGUUAGAAAUGACACUGAGGAUCCUCUAGUCCAGCCCCCUGUAAUGCGAGAAUAGGCAGCUGUCGCUUACGGGGAUCGAACCUGCAACCUUGGCAUUAUUAGCACCACACUCUAACCAAGGGAGCUAUCCAGCUGUCUCCUUACACUACUGACAUAAUUAACAAUGGAAACAAAAGUUGUUUUUAUGCAGUCUUUGUGCAGAUUAAAUUCUGGGGCCAUGUUAGCACACCAUUAUAAGAACCAGCUACUCCCUCACCAUUCCCAAGCAGAAAUUGUCCCACGCCCAUGUCUCCAACUGGAUACAAAUUCCAGAAAGGCACAAAAAGAUCAUUUGGAGCAUAACAAGUUUUUUCCCCAUCUUCUUCUGGCCAUGCUGGAGGGUAACAAGAAAACUGCAAGGGUGGUUUGGGGGGGGGGAGGAGAGAGAAGAGGUACACACAGUUCCAUAGAGGAUUCUGUGCAUAUAGGGCUUCAUUUGCCUAGUACCCGGGAAAAUAUGCGUACUCGCAAGACUUCAGCUUACUGGAGGUUAGGAAUGGAAUGUCCUUAGCUGCAACCCUUGAUGCCCAUUGCAAGCAAACAUUUCAGAAAAAUAUUCAGACAAAACAUUCUGGAUUGAACAGAAUGAGCUGAAGGGGAAAAUAUUUUUCUUCUUCUUCCUCAGAAGUUAUCACUGCAUUCUUGGUCCUUAAGUAACAGUUACUAUUUUAGUCUUCCCUUUUACGUGUUCUCUUCCUGUUCUCCUCCACCCCUCCUUCAAUUAAGCGUGUCUCUUAGCAACAAGUUUAGGAGCUAUAGGAAUCCACUUCGACCUUUUCAGUUUCAAGGCCCCAAUCCUUCUUUUGUAUCAUCUUAAAUUGGGCCAAGGGUUCAUGGGGUUUUUCCCUUCUCCCAAAUUCUCCCCAGCUGCUGGAAACUAAAUGGUGUGUAAUUUUCAACCCCAAAGAUUCCACAGCCUCAUUUUGUUUGCACAACCAUGGUGGCACAGAAAAAAUAUCAUGAUAGUUGCAUGUGGCCUCCAUGCAUGUUGGUGAUGCAUCUGAAUAGUCCCUUAGAGGAGUGGCUGGUGCUACCAUCUAGCAUUAACUGGGUCCUGUGUCUAAAAAUUGGAACAUUUGUCCAGCAUCUGCCCAGGAUGAUGUUUUGGUUGACACUGAUAGUUGUCAGUGGUUGGUGAAUGUUUGGAAUGGUUUCAUCUGUGUAAAACUCCCCGCACAUAGAAAACAAGCCUUUUUGGCGGGGCAGGGUGGGGAAGUUGAGCUAUCUCUCAGACUUUCAGCAUUUCUGCAUGCAUGCAUGGGUUUUUUGGCUUUUCAUACGAGACAACAAUUCUGCCUUACAGCCUGGGACCUGCAACCUUUGUAAAGCCUCAUUUAGCGUGCUUCAACACUGUUGCUAUAUUUGGGUGGGAUUCAGGUUACACUAUUAAUGUUGACUUGGGGCUCCUGUGCAACAAACCUCUGUCCCCACCCCACCGAUUGGAUUUUAAUGAUAAGGAAAGUGGCAAGAAGCACUGGAAAGUUGGAAUAAGAUUUGCUUUGCUUAACCUCUUCACAAACAAAUCAGAAUGAAUGCUCCAUAAACAGCCAACGUCUAACAUGACUGCAAACCUUGUCCAAACAAAUCAGGAUGAAUGCUCAAUAAUGAACAGGUCAUCUAGAUCCAACUUUCAUUUCAGUCCUCCUCUUUCUAGAAGUCUAUGAAUCUAUUUAAAAAGGAAACUGCUUCUUGAUGCAACAUAAGCAGUUUUGAGGGGGGACGGGACACUUUCAGCUGCAAAUUCACUUGCAAACUUAAUCGCUUCCCUCAUUUUUUCCCAUCCUAAGAAUCAAAUCAGUGUAGGUUGUUUUUAGAAGAGAACCCAACUUGUUUUUCAGCUCUCACCCUUUCUAAGUUCAUACAUCAUUACUCAAGAGCUGGCUUGAGUCUGUCCUUUUUAAGGAAAGCACACGCAGAGGAAUGCAGUACGUUAAGUGUUCUCUUGCUGUAAUAUGCAUUUUGCAGUGUUUUUAAAAAAUGACAUUCAAAUUACAUUAAUCACAGGCCACUAAAAUAAGCUCAUCAGCUGCUUCCCUCCAACUCACUGUUUGCAGACUUCCAUACAGAACAAAUUGUUCACUCCUGAACCACUCUCACAAAAAUGGAGUUGGCAGUAGGGCUUGGCACACACGCCUCCAUUCUGAAAUGGAUCUGGGCCCCCAAAACAAUUGUGGGGUGGGGGAGAAAGCCCUAAUGUUCUGUUAAAGUUUUAAACCCUAACCAAAAGGGGGCAAGGGAGAAAGGAGGCACUUUGUCUGCCCCCUCUCCCUCCGACCCCACUGCAGGCUGUUGGGAUGUUGUUUGCCAGCACAUUCCCUGCAGGGAACAUACUGGUGAAGGAGACCCCCACAGCCAGCAGGACUGAGCCCUCUGCCCAGUGGGAUUUAACCAAAUCUGGUCACAUUCCUAGUUUGCAGUGUCCACUCUAGGCUUGGCUGAUGUAUCAAUACAUCACCCUGGACCAGUAUGAGGGCCAGAGCACGACGGCUGCUUCACCCGGUGGUAUUUCGUGGGUGAAGCAUCUGCCACUCCCGAGUACCUCUUCUCCUAUAAACACAUUUUAACAAGGGUGUGGCGGGGGGGUGUUUGGGAUCAGGGCUUCUGUUGGGUGCAGACUGGGGGAUUCAGAUGUUGGUUUGGGCCCCCAGUUGCCUAACCCCCCUGUAAAGGAAUACUGGAUUAUCUAAGGGCAAAGUACCCUCCCACAUCCUUAUUACCCACACUUCCAGCAUGUCUGUGUGCAUCAUUGGCAUAAUGAGUGAUAGUGUAUUUGGGGCCACCUCACUGUAGACAUUUAAAAGCCGUUACCGGGAUUGCAAGUGGGCUGAUUUUCUUAUUUUACAGGGCUCUGGUACAGAACGUCUCAAAUCACCUUCCCAGACACUGUUGCCUGCCUACACAUGGCAGUAUAUGAGAUUGGGGUCAGGUAGGCACAGGUUUGGACACACUCCCACAUGAAUACAAUCAAAGAUGUUGUGAAAGCUAGACCCACCCACCCCUCAGUGUCUUAAAUGGUUUCCCUGGUUUCCUUUUAACAUAUGGAAACCUAUUCAAAACGUUAGGGACGCUGCGUGUGCCAACCUUUUCAGAGAAGUGUCUCGCUCCAGACUGUGUGUGGGAGGGCUCAGCUGUAAAGUAUUCCCCGCAUAAAAGCCUCUCUGCACUUUGAAAGUUAACACAUUAAGCAAAAGACAUUGAAUUUUGGGGUGCUCUCCAGGCAUUGCUCCCUACCAAGCAUUCUGAGCAGGCGCAACUCCAGGAACAGAUUGCACCCAAUUUAUAUUUGGUAUAAUUGACUUUCUUUCAAGGAGCUCAGUGCGAAAUUUCUGCUUCACAACAACAGUGCCAGGAAGGUUUUGCUAAGAGAUAUUGGACUUGCCCCUGCACAACCCCACAAGUUUCAGAGCCAAAUGGGAAUUUGAACCUGAGUUUCUUGUAUCUAACCCGACAUUCUAGCUCAUAAACUUGUGACUAUUUGCAUGGAGGCUGUUCCCCCCCCCCCCCCGCAGAAGUGUUUAGUCCUGGUUUUCCCCAGGUAUUUCCCCAUCUUCUGAACACUGGAGAAAUGCCACAUAGGCCUCUGUAGCUUCUUGUUUUGCAAACCUUUUGUCCACGAGAAACAAAACACGUUGGUUUCAAAUGCAGAACCACUCCCAGAGACAGUGAAACCUCUGGCCUACACAAACAGUAAUUGAGGCUGAAAAAUUGUUACUAGACUAGACUUGUGCUAUUUUAGACUGCAGGUGAUAAUAAGGGACGGAGUAUGUUUGAAUGGUUUCUCCCACAACACACAUACACUCACACUGCACACUAGACACUAACCUGUAGAAGCAAAGGCUAGGCUAGAAUCAUCCUCCCAGAUGUGCAAGAUCUCUUGCGGCAUUAUGAAGAAAACAGUGCAAACAUAUGGCAGGAGAGCAGCAGGUGGAAGUAUAUUAGAACAGCGUACCCGCUUUGACCAUUUUUCUCACCUAACAACUUGUGGAAGGUAACUCUCUGCAAGGAGUCUUUUAUAUCAACGGAGGCCCCUUGCAUUUCUUAGAAUGGAAUAUUCCUUCCAAACCUAGUUAUGUUUGUUUGGGAUUUAUGUCUUCUGAAUGUACAGUGUAAAAAACAAAUUAAAAACCCACACACAAUCUGAUCUUUCUCUGCAAACAAGUUGGCUAAUAAUAUAAACAAAUUUUUAAAAUGUAAAGGUAUUAAAAUAUUUUCAUGAUUCCCUAGUGAACCUGGGAGUCUGAUGCCUUAGACAACCUUCUUGACUGUGAUAAAUGGAGAAAUUGGUGGCCCUGUCUGUAUUGAGAGCCUUUGUUAUUCAUGGCUCCCAUCCCACAGCCUUUGAAAAGCCAGUAUUCGGACUGGAGUUAUCUCAGCUUUAUACAGCAAUUUCCUGCUUUAUGCAGACUGUUCAGAAUAGAGUCCCAAACUAGAAUUAGUGCAGGGGACUGAAUUAUAACAUGCUGUCCUCAGAAGAAUGUGGCCUAGCUUGUUGGAAGAAGGGUCACUGACAGGGCAGAGCUGCUUACAUGUCAGAUUCUUUGCACUGACACAUGUAGCAAAAACUUCUGCAUGAAAUAUGCCAACACCACUGUUACCAGUUUUCUCCAGUAGGGUGGGGGGGGAUUUUUUCAGUUUUCCAAGAUAAACCUCUUUCAGUUCUUCCUAACUUCAAGAGCUGGAAUGGAGGUGGCACAAAGCAGCAGGCAAUUGGCACGCUACCAUGAAGGACUAUAGCCACACCUGUCCAUUUUCCCUUUCAUUCCCUCCAACGUUUGACAGAUGGAAACGAGGAACAGUCUUGCGGCACCCUUAUUUGCAGAUCAAGGAAGAGCCUAAGGCUCUUUCCCCCACUCAGAUUUUGCCGAAGACUUUCCAUCACAAUGUUGCAUCCAUUAACUCCAUAGCAGCCUGCCUGUCUUGCCCUGCCUUCAGAAGCAGGAUAUAAUAAUAAUAAUUUAUUGUUUAUACCCCGCCUAUCUGGCUGAGUUUCCCUGCUACUCUAUAGCUAACCAACUACAACAAUUUCCUCUUAAAAACAAACAAACGUGAGAAUGUUUAAUCGCUCAGCGAAACUGGUUGUGCUCAUUGCAUAAUAGCAGCAAGAGGAAAGAUGUUGAUCUUUCAGUAUCAUAAUAUGUUGGUUUGGAGACAGGAGAUGGGAGUGGAAAUAACUGAGGCCCAUGUAUGUGCGGUUGCAAACAUGUGCUCUAGAAUCAAAAUGUAUCUGCCCAAGCUCUUCCCAGCGCCACCUCAGGGUUUCAAGGGCAAAACAUGGGAGAUAUAAACAGCCUCCUGAUCGUUUGUUGCUGUUUACGGAGAAGCAGCCUUGGAAGCUGCAGUUGUGAGCUGAAGAGGGGGCAGCUUAACCUUUCCUGCUCAAAAUCAGUCCCACACCAAGUUGUUGUCUUGCUCCCAGGGGGAAAUAUAUGGAGUCCCCACAUCUUUUCCUCUGCAGAAAAUAAAACAGUCCAGGGAGGUUAUUUCUAAGCAACCAGCAGCAGGAGGGGAAAGGAUUAAGUACCCCUGCUCCAGCCUUUCCUCUCAAACAGCUGCUCUUCAGUUUUGCAUUAAAAGUCAGCAAACUGCUCACAAUAUUCUUGUGAAAUAUUCAGUUUGGGUUUAAGUUGCAGGUGCCCAGGAGCAGGGUGGGAGACAGAGGGAUGAAAGGCAAGGAACUCCAGUCAACAUAUAUGUACGCGAGUAACAACGUUUUAAAUAAGCACCCCCAGAAGCUCCCUCAAAGGCAGUUGUGGACUAUGGGUUGGUUCCAGACUGUUAGUUGAACCUAGGCCUCACUGGGACAGAUUAGACAAGACGCGAGGCCCAUUGGUUUCAGUGGGAACUAAGUUUGACUAACUUAGUGUGCGUUCCAACCCAAUGUUUUACCAAUGACAACCAUAACACAGAUAUCAUCUCUGAUAAAUGCUUGUUGGAAUCCUAUGCCAUCACAGAGAAAGUAAAUCUACUCUAUACAAGAGAAACAGGGAACCUCUGGCCCUCUUUGAUGUUGCUGGACUUUUAGCUGCCUCAUCCUUGAUCUCUGGACACUCUGGCUGGGGUGAUGAAGUCCAGCAACUUGGUUGCAGAGAACAUGGAACAAGAACUCAACAUGGGGGUGCUAUCUUCAAGUUCAUGUUCUGUAAUGUUUGCUUCAAUUUACAUUGUGUCCUGACAUCAUUACAAUGUGUGUGUUUUUGUCCCACCAAGCACUUAUAUAAAGUGAGGUGGGGGAAAUGCUCAUUGUAAUGUCAGGGUAGGUGUUCACUUGAGCUAGAAGCUUGGGGGACACAAUUCAAUGCAGGACCAUCUUCUUUGUCUAUUACAUCCAGUUCUGCACUUAGUACAGCUUGCCGGCAAAGGAAGGAGAACAGGGGAACAGGAAAAUAUGUGAAGCGUUUAUCACUUGCAAACACGCAACUGUACCCUCUUGUCCUGUCACUGUCAGCUGAGUCAAUAAUUUGUCACAGCAAGCUUGGCUAUCUUUGUGUGAGCAGACAGAUUGGAGAAUGAGUCUUUUUUCCUGCUUUGGUCAAAGGUUUUUGACUUAUCAGAACUUGAAACUGUGCAUUAAAUAACAAGAAUGAAUUGAUAACCUUCCACCAAAGAAACAGAUGUCAGCUGCUAAACCCCCCUCCCCCAAAAAAGAUACCAAACUUGCUUAACAAGCUUAGCUCCAUUUUACAGGUGGUUCUCAAAUAUCAGCAAAGGAAAUCAAUGACAUUUCUUUAUUAUUAUUAUUAUUUAUAUCAUAAGAUCUCAGGACGAUUCACAGAAUAAAAUACAGGAUAAAAACAAGUAAAUAAGUGAAAACAAAACAGCAAGACAAUAACUCCCCCUUCCCACAGACACAUUUACAUGGCUGUAGAAUAUUAAUCAGCCAAAGGCCUAGUUGAAGGGGAACAUUUUCGCCUGGCACCUAAAAAUAUAUAAUGAAGGAGCCAGGCGAACCUCCCUGGGGAGAGCAUUCCACAAAUGGGGAGCCAUUACAGAGAAGGCCCAUUCUCAUGUUGCCACCCUCCAGACCACACGUGGAAGGGCCUCAGAUGAUGGACACAGAGUCUGGGGCAGUUUAUAUGGGGAGAGGCGGUCCUUCAGGUAAUGCGGUCCUGAGCCAUCACUUCAAACAUAAAAUUAAGAUUUCCAAAUAGUAUAGAAACAUCCCCCCCCCCACAAGUCAGCAACAAGCAUAAGAAAACAGCAGUGACUGUAGCAAAGAACUUGAGAUAUAGAUGUUCCUAAGGAGCAAUCACGUGAGCCAAAAUACACAUGUGAGACAGGCAACAGCCCACACUUACCCUCUCUAAAUGGCAGAAUCCCACACAGAAGUGGGAACAUCUGCAGAGAACAUUUAGAGAAGCAAGAUGAUGUGAUUAUAUCCCAUACCACUUCUGCUUCCACUUGGGAACAGUUGUGGGUUACUGGCCACAUAGAAGCUGCAAGGGCGUAUAUAAACUAGGCCUAAAUCAAGGGGGUGAGGAACUAUACCAGUCUGUUGUUUUCUUAAGGUUAAAGUCAUAGCAUAACUGGACAUACGUCAUUUGUCUCCCAAACUAAACAGGCAUACUGAACAUCAUGAAACCCAGUGCACAUAGCCUUCUCCAACCUCAUAUUAAUGUUCUAUCAGUCAUGCUUCCUUCGUGCUCCACUCCCUUCUACUGUGAUGAGUUCCAGACCUCUGAACAUAUGUUGCCCCAGCUAUUGAUAAUUCAUCUGUCCUCAAGCAAGUUUAAGAUCUUAGUAAUUCUUCCAUAGAUCAUAAGUUCUGCAUUAACAUGAUGGAUUCACUUAGCUAGGCAUUAAAAUGUAAUGUAUGAUGGGGUUUUCUAUAAAAAUAAAUGGUCAUAUAUUUUGCAAAUGUUAGCUGCUCAUCUCUGGCAAUAAGAUGGAGAGAGGGGAAGAGAAGUGUUAUAUUCUGUUCUGCAGAUUUAAGGAGAUUCAUCUACUUCUGUUCUAGUACUCAGCUGCUGUUAAAAGAGGUGGGAGAAAAAUACACUAUGUGACUGGUACACACUAUGUGGGCUGAUACAUAAAAUAUGUAGGAUUUUCAAAGGGAACAUUUCAACAUUACCUUAACUAUCUUCAAAGGCUGUGGCCUAAUCACAAAUGCACACUUGUAUGAAUCAUGGAUCCUGCAGCCACCACCCAAAUAAUUGGCUUGACCACCAUAGCCUUGAAGGGGAAAAAACAAAAAACCCUACAGGAUUUAUUUGCGUAUUAUCAGACCCAUGCACAUUGUCUCUAGUGAUUUAAUUGACAGGUAGGGCACUUCCAAAGGCUGCUGUUUUCAGGUGGUAUUCAAUAGCAUACUGGCACAUUCAGGUUGCACAGUUAAAGCUGACAUGGAGAUUUUGUGUGACAAAACUGCUUUCCACAAAGAUUGGACUUUUUGCAAUAAGGAGAAUGAUGGGGAAAUAAAUAUUGGAAAGUGUGGGAUAAAACUUGCUUGAUGUGAAGUCAUCUAACCUCUUCACAAACAAAUCAGGAUGAAUUCUGAAUAAGCAAGUCAUCUAUAAGGGGUCUUAGAUAAGGUUGCCAUAUUUAAAAAGGUGAAAAUCCGGACACAAAAGUUGUUGAGCUUUCAGCUACUUCACUGCCCAGAUGUAUGGCAACCCUACCUUAGAUAUUACAUCUCAAACAAGAAGGUGAUGUUGAGGCAAGGCAGUUAGAAAUGAUCUACUGACACACUAUGUAUUUUCAUGCAUAUUUUUCUUGGACAGCUAGGAUUUUCCCACUGCAGUCCAAAGGCAAAAAUAUGAAAACAGAAACCUCUUGCAUACAAUAAUUAUAUUAAAGUCUUUGCGCAAUAAAUUCAGUUUUCUGCUUUCUGGCACUACAACAACUUUGAGAGAAUGAAUCACAGUCAGUAAAAAUAAAAUUUCCCUUGGUGGUCUUGUGGCUUUGACCAUAGGACAAGCAGGGAGAGAAAGAAAUCCUCAUUCACUGACAGAUGGAGAGUCAAGGGAAGCAUAGAGGAUGAGGGGUCUGGAGAAUGAGAGUAUUUGACCUUGUCAAGCAAUGGUACUGUACACAGUGCUAGGCAAUUUAGUAGAGAUUGCUCACGAAUUAUACAUGUCUACUGUGCUGUUGGCAAGCUGUGCUAUGUACUGGUAUGUUGUCUGUACGAUGAAAUGUUCAGAUUAAACUCAGAGUUGAGGGUGUACACCAGAUCCUUCCAGCCUACGUCUGCACUUCUAAGCCCAUUUAUAAACUCCAUUGAAUUCAAUAGGACUUCUGAGUAGACCAACUUAAACUGCAUUGGUACUAACUAUAUGGGAAGUUACUUGGGGGGGAAGGGAUUACAGUACUCUGGGAAUCCUAUGCCUGCUUAGAAUUAAGUUCCAUUGAUUCUUAACAUUUUCACAAAGAUUCCAGGAACAAAGAUCCAUAUUUCUCUUAGAAGGAAGUCCAUACUCCUUACUCUAACUCUGUGCAGACUAAGGGGGAGCUGUAAACACAAAUUAUUACACAGAACAAAGACUGCAGCUCUAAACUAGAAGUUUUGUCUUACUUACAUCAAGCUUGGUUCACACAUGCAUGGUUACUAUGUGAUGGCUGACACAUGUAAGGGCUUGCAUGUGGAAGUGGAGUGAUCUAACACUACAGACAGAAGAAGAAAAUUAUUUACAUUUGCAGGCCUCCUCAGGCGUUAAAAAUGUGUACAAUGAACACAUACAGAAGGGGCCAAGCUUGCAGGAGGGUCUAAUGAAACACAGGUUAUGGCAGUGCCACUACUACUGUGCAAUCAUUGUACCUGCUUUGAACACCUUGUAGUUAUUAUUAUCAUCAUUAUUUAUAUAUCGCCUUUUGCCCAGACCAGGACUCAAAUCUUACACGGCCUGCAACCAAGAAAAAUCACACCAUCUGUAGAAAAAUGUAGUUAUCUGUGUAUGUAAAUAAGUGGUGCAGGCCUUACUUCCAAGUAAACUGUGGUUAAGAUCUGCUGGUAUGAAUUUCUGAGAACAUAGUUAUAUUGUUAGUAUGAAACUCAAAAGCUUAGUCUAUUUUGGUUGGUGGUUGUCAAAAUGAUACCCGUUAUCUGAUGAUUAGAUUCUAACCCUGAGAAUAAGACAUUCACACGCCCUUUUUUAUUCUUUUCCUUGUCUUUCCAACGCAGAGGACAUAUAUCUUUACCUUCCUACUGAGUUCCCGAGUCUUCAUUCACCCCCAUGAACUCCUAGCUAAAGUGGGGCAAAUCUGCCUUAAACAGAAGCAGCAACUGGAGACUGGAGUCGAUGCAGACAAGGUAUGUGGAAUUCAAAGCUUCUCACUGGUUUAGAAGCAAUGUAUUUUUCUUCUUCUCUCCCUGAAAUCUCUACAUCCUCUUGUCAAACAGGUUCUUCCAACUAACAGAUACAAUCUCCUAGUCACCAGCUGUACCCUUUUGCUAACCUAUUCGUUUUUGCACGUGCUGUAUAUACUCAGUAAUACGAACUUUACUGCCAGUUGUACUUACUGGAACUGGCACAGUGUUAUUGCUGUGGGUAGGAGAACUGAAUCUCAUAGCUGUUUUCGUGCGCUGAGCAACCACGUUGGCUGUUUUGCACAGCAAUGCUGCCAGGGUAAUUGCAUUUACAUCGUGAUAAGCACGGCUGUGUAAGUCUUCCUUGAAACAAACACCUGUAAAUUUCACCUUAGCAGCCAUUACUGAACGUACUUAGGCAUCAUCUGAGUCAAAUGUUAAAACAAACAAAACAUUAUCUGUGUGAGACUUUACAGGGACAGCAUCACGUGCAAGGUGCCUACAAAUGCAGCAAUCUCAGGCAAUAGAUUCUGGGCAUGCUAAUGCUACACGUGUAGGAAACACACUGCAAUUUAUACCUAGCAACAGCCAUUAAUUUAUUUUAUGUCAGACUGUUGCUAAAAGAGUGGGACCUGUUAGAAAAAUGGACGGGGGGUUGGGAGAGUUGCUAGACUGGGAUAGCUCAGUCAGUAGAGCAUGAGACUCUUAAUCUCAGGCUUGUGGGUUCGAGCCCCACACUGGGCAGAAUAUUCCCAUAUUGCAGUGGGUUAGAGUACAUGAACCCUCGUGGUCCCUUCCACCUCUACAAUUUUCUGAUUCUAUGAACUAGCAUUGAUUCUACCUAUUAUAACUCCUGGUUCCACUUACCAUUCACUGUCCUGCCUCGCCCCUCACCAAGCCCAUGGGCACCACAGUCCCUAAACAAAUAAGUUGCUUUAACAAGCCCAGCAUACAUAUACAUUGGAAUUGAUCCUCAUUAAACCAUGUAAAAUGAAUCAGUCCCUUGGUUUCUCCAUGCUUCUGGGCAUCCCCACCAGAAGAGAAUGGCUAAGGAUAGAAGAGUGAUGCACUGGAGUCUAGACUCUAGGAGUCCUAUCUCCUCUGUCCUUUCAAAAGCUUGCAAAUAUUUAUUUUCAGGACAGUAUUUGAAGUCUUUCUUGUGUCACACUGUCAUAUUCCAGAGACAUUAACUCUUACAUAGUAAGAGGAAAUGGUUAUGUAUCAAGAUUCUGGUUUCCUCUUCUCAAAUGUUGGAGGAGACUGCAUUGUUUAUUGCGUCUGUUGAGCUUUCUUCAGCAGAACAGUUCUUGUUUUAAUUUUGUCCAUGAUCUGCUAAGGAAUCGUGAGUUCUGAAAAGUCAUAGUGCUGCCAGUCAAAGCUUACUACUGUGCAAAAUAGAUGAAACACACAAACAGAGCUCUGAUGCACUGUGAUAAGGUACCUGUAUAAACAAACUAUUAAAUCAAAUACCGGUUGGGUGGCAUGUGAGCAGAAACCCUGGCAAGAAGCCAGGCUUUGUGGUUAUGUGCUUAUACUUAUCAUUCCUUUAUUAAUGACAUCACCAGCCACUAGCAAAAUCUCACAGAAAAUGUUCCAAGACACAAGCUGACAGAUUAAACACAAACUUUAGCCCUGCUCAGAUCCACUUGGGAGGCUUUUGCUGCUUUAUUUGACAAGGGAGAGGGUCUCGGUGUUUUAAAAUACCACGUUUUCAUAAAUAUGUCAGAGGGCUGUUAACCCUGCCAGAAAGUAGCAAGUUAACUUUACAAGGCUAUAUAAUAGGGAAAAGGGGGGGAAAUCAGAUAUUGCCCUCCUUAGGGAACUGCCAGAAUGUAAUUUGUAGCUAGAAUCCAGAAAAUUGCUGAAAAGGUAGAACUAUUUAGGACCUGCGUGCAUGAUAGCUGUCAACACUGUCCACCCCCCACCAGUAAAGCAAAGGACUGCUGUUUCAUUUCUUUAAGUUUUCCACUGCCAAAAUUUUCCACUGGGUAUGUGUCAAAAUAGCAAAAAUAUUUGUUAUUAUUAUUGUUUUUUAAAAAACCCACUCUCUUCUCUUUGAACAGUUCAGUUUGAUUUAUUGCAGUGUUUCUCGAACUUGGGUCUCCAGCUGUUUAUAAACUACAGUUCCCAUCAUCACUGACCACUGUGGUCCUGCUGGCUAGGGAUGAUAGGAGUUGUAGUCCAAAAACAGCUGGAGACCCAAAGUUUGGGAAACACUGAUUUAUUGUGAAACUAACAAGCAUCUCAAUGGGGAGGACUGAUACUUUCCCAGAAGAACUAAUUGCCUAAAAUAGGGGGGGGGGCUGUGACCUUUCAGAUCCCAUCUACAGCUGCCAUCACCCCUGGCCAUUAUGGGCCCUGCUGGUUGGAGAUGAUGGGAGAUGAGAGUCCAGCAAUGUCUGGAAGUCCACAUGUUCCCAUUCACUAAACGCUUCACUGUAUCUUGAAUUUCUCCACCCUGGUAGGGAGAGGAAUUGGGGAAACCAUUUCACCAGUUUUCUUUCAGGAGGAGGAAGAGUUCUCCAACUAUUCCUUGUGGGUGUGGCUCAUCAUUAGCACAACUUCUUUGUCUCUUCCCCCCUGAAUAUUUUUUGUUGCUGAUGCUGCAGAUGUAGCAACUGUGCUGGCAGCUUGGCCAUCAAUUUGCAUCCCACCCAAAGUCCAGCACUGCUCAAGGGUGGUUGGACGGGGAAAUGGUGGUCAACAUGAUAAAUGGCAGAGAAUUCUGCAAAAUGGACUGCUUUGGGGGGGAAUAUCUUGACCAUUUUCUUAGAAAAAUAUGUAUUCUGAGAAAUUUUGGCUCAGUUCUAGUUUUUGUUCAACCAUCAAGUGCACAGUAAUCAAGCACAGUGAAAUUAAAGGAUAUAUAUUCACAUGUGAACCUGGUCUUUGGAAUUUUAGAAGUAGGCAGGGAGGGUGAUUGGCCAUUAUCCUGCUACCAACCCUUCAGAGACUGCUGCUUAAGUCUUCUGUUUCUCCUUCCACACAUCACUCUUUCCUUGUUAAUCUUGGGGACAAAUGUUAAAACACAGAGUCUAGCCCAGGAACUGCCAGUUUCCAUUUUCUGCCCUAGAUGCUGCAUCUGCUGGGUGGUAGAACAGUUAUUCCUUGCAGUUCUUAAACAAUCCUUUUCUAGAAUUCCUAUGUAAUCUGGUUAGACGUUAAUAUCGCAAGCAAGUGGCUAAGUCUCCAGCAGAUUGUCUUUGGUGAGUUGUUAAGAAUCAAUAAAGAGCUGCUGGGUUAUUUUUCUUAAAACAAAGAACAAAAAAACCCAAAGCCUGAAAUACUGGAGCCUAAGGAUCACUUUCUUUAUGUUAAGCAAUCGCAAGCCAUUUUCUUCUUUCUCCGGAAAGGGAACCUGUCUGCUUGACAUCCCCUAGAGCUCUGUAAAUUCCCAGGCAAGGGUGGAAAUCACGGAAGGAAUAACCCUUCCCUUGCUUGCUUGAAGUGGCUGUGGGUGGGGAGAAACUUGAAGCAACUGGCUGGAAUGACAAAGAAAGGAAAUGGUUGCUCCCCCAAACUUUGCUGAGAGCAUUAUUUCUGCUCCUUCUCACAGCAAAACUUAAAUCAUUUUCUCUCGCUGAGAACUUUAAUUAAAUGUCAUUAGCUAAUAUACCCAAGCAGGGUGAAGAAAAGGUACAACAACAGAGCUAUUAGGAGAAAUGAAUAAGAUGCCCUGUGACCAAGGAGUAUUUAGGAAGUCCCCACCCUCCAAAGCCUGGAUGAAGCUCAAAUGACUCAGUAAUGAAGGAAAUCUAAAUUUCCAUCUCCCUCCAAAAAAGGCUCCAUUGGAAUCUGCUGAUACUAGACUCCAACCAAUAUGUAAUGAAACUAGAAGAAUGAUCUUGCCUCAUGACACCCGAUUACAACGUAGAAAGAUGUGCAUAUUCCUUGUAUAGUAAAUGCACUGGAUUUUGGGAAGUGCUGGAAAUGACACUUGGUCCAAUUCAAAGUGCCCAGUGGGCAUUUGCUACAGGAAUCACCACCUAUCUUAAAUAUUUACAUUGGAUUUAGGAACGAGUUAGACCGUUGGUCUAUGCGGCUCAGUAACUGGCAGAAGGUCUUAGGCAAAAGUCUUUCAUAAGCCCUACCUGGAGAUACCAGGUUGAACCCAAGAUCUUUUACAUGUCACGAAUACGUUCUGCCACUGACCUAUGUCCCUUCCCACUUUGCAAGCUUGUUCAAAGGGCUGGUUUUGAUUUUCAGAACCCCAAAAGCCCUGGGCCCUCAGUAUCUGAAGGAGCACCUCAGCACUUUAUUCCUCCAUAUCCGUUAUGAUAUUCAGAAGCAGCUCUGCUUAGGACAAUCUUUGCAAACCUGGAGUGCUUUCUCAUUGUAACUCUCCCUGAGAAACCCACCUGGCAAAACCUUCUUUUGUUUUGGUUUUAAGAAAAAAAAAACAGCUUUUGAGCUGCCAGAGAAGACAGUGCCUUUCCUUCACCAUGCCUGCUUGUCUGUGUGUGUUUGUGGGGCGGUUUACUAUGCAUUUUAAAUAUCAUGCAUCAAAUUGGCAUGAAACCACAUUUAUUUUUAUGUUGAUAUUUUGUAAGCUGCUAUGAGGACUUGCAGCGCUGCGGGACGCAUAAAUAAAUGCCACAAUCCAGCCACAGUUAAAAGCGCCUUCGCUUCCUGUUGUUUUUAACGAGGAAGCUAAGCAUACGCUUAAAUCAACGUGCUUAACUUUGACUGGCUAAUGUCUAAAACAAAAUAAACCCAAGGGAUGCAUUGUCUGUAUGGAAGAAGCUGGAGACAGAGCUCUCUGACAAAAUGUGCUUUAAAGCCGUAGAGCAAGCCGCUAAAACUUUGCAUCAAAGGUAUCCCUUAAUUUUUCCUUUCUUUUAUGGCUGUUGUGUAUGCACUUGAGACAGCUGAAAGAACCAAGCUGCCCCCCCCCCAAACACACACCACACUGAUGCAAAGCCUUGAGGAUGCUGAGCUAAGCAUUAGACACACCUGCUCUCUCUUUUUAAUGCUCUCUAUUUGGAAGAAAGACAGAAAGGGAUUUGUAAGACCAGCUGAGACUUUAGCCUAACACAACUUAUUUUUCCUUUUGUUUUCAUAUGCCACUGUUAAUGAUUCAAAGAUUUGGCACUUGGGGUGCCAUCUGGUUACCCAGAAGUCACCGUCAAGGAAAGUCUCCUUGGCUCGUUUGAUUAACCACUCUGCAUUCUUUCCUAGGCAAAGCUUAAGUCCUUUGCUGCCAAGAUCAUUCAGCUCCUGAAAGAAUGGACUGAAACCUUCCCCUAUGACUUCCAGGAUGAAAAAUCUAUGAAAGAGCUGAAGGAAAUUGCUCACAGGAUCACACAGUGUGAUGAGGUAAGGGGGGAAACGAACACACACACAUGCAGGUGGAACAGACACUACCAGAACCUGUCCCAACCUAUAAUUUGUCUUGACAGGUUGCAAAUAUUUGCUAGAUGCAUUGAGGCUCCACAACUGCUGACCAUGACUUGCCUAAAUGGUAUUAACAAGAGCAGAGGAGUUGGCCCCUUCCGCCUUUUCAGGGACCUCUUACUCCUCAAAUUUUAUGUACAACCACACCACCACUAUUGAGUAACUCAUGGUACUUGCUACCAUUGCAACCCCCAUAUGGGACCAAGUCUUAAUGUAAUCCUAGCAAUGAGAGAGCCCAAACCACUAUAUCUGUGUUUCCCUUGCUUCCCCUAAUCUCAAGUGGUGAAGACAUGAGCCCAGAAAGGCCACUAGGGUUGGGGGAGAGGGAGGCAUAAGUUGGCAUGGGGCAUGGGGUGGUGGGGGUGGCCCGCCCCACGUGUCAUUCCAGGGGGGUAAAAAAAAAAAACCCAGCGGAUCAUCGCAGCACUGAUUGGCCCCCCAUGUGGAUCACCGCCACACCGAUCAGCCCCCCCAGGUGGAUCACCGCUUUGCCAAUCGGCCCCCCUGGGCGAAUCAACCCACCCCCGGGUGCACGGCAUAUGCGCCGCUCCAGGUGCCCGAGUAGCUAGCUCUGCUACUGCUUAGGGAAGCCCUGAGAUUUGCAGAAGAGCAAAAUGUUGUGUUUUUUUAAAUUAAAACAAAAACAGGUCUAAGUGGGUAGUCCUCUGCUACACCAGAAAAUACAGCUAAAUGAAAACUGAGUGCACUCAGUAGUCAAGGACACUAAGAAUCAAUUGGAAUAGAAAAACAACAGUUGGAAGAGAGUGGAAUGUAAUGUCUGGAAGGAACGGCUGCCUAAAACCCUGAAUAGAAGCACUCCUUCUAGGGAGGGAGGGUACACUGCAACAUUUUAUUGCAGGCUCCACUUGUGUGGCAUACUAUUGGAUAGUGCUUGGAUGUUCACCAUAUUCCUGUAAGGCAACUGGCCUAUUAUUUUUUCUUACUGCUGGUGUGAUGUCAACAUAUUCCAUUAGAAUUUCCGUAUCUCACUGUAAAAGUAGAAAGGGCUUCUCAGAUAGGUUGAUGGCCAUCUGCUUUAGCUGAGUUUCUUGCAUUGCAGAGGGUUGGACUAGAUGACCCUUGGGGUCCCUUCCAACUCUACAGUUCUGAUUCUAUAUGAAUUGUCUGUGCAUCAAGGCACAGCCUACCAAGUGGUGCCAAGGUACAAAAUUCACACAUGGCCUUGUGAUUAAAAGCUGCCAAUUUCAUCUUAUUUUAUGUUGAUAAAUACAUUCUGAAAACACACAGGGAGGAGGGGAUAAAAGGCUCUAACUAGAUCCUUACAGCAUAAUCCUAAAGUUGUUUACUCCAAAGUCUAGCUGAGUUCAGUGGUAUUUGCUUCCUGAGUCUAUGUCUGUUUAGGCAUGUUGCCUAAAUACUAUAAAGGGUAGAGCGAGAAGAAUGCUGUCUUUUUGAAAUGACUGUUCCAAAUAUAUAUUUGAGAUUGGCCCCAGAGGUUUAAGAGUGACAGGCAUGUGUCUGUUUAAAAUGUUAAUGGCCAAAAAGACUAGAGUGGUGCAACAACUUUGGCAGCAAUGCAUGAUGAUUGGAGGUGAUGCUUUGAUAUUAAAGGUGUUGUCAAGAGUAGCAUGACAAGUUUCAGGAUGUCAGCAAUGUUGUUUACCUGCAUUUUAUUAAGCUGUCACAACCUGAAGGCAAGAGGAAAUGAUUAAGGCUAUGUGCUGGGUUUUUAAACGGUGUGCGCAAAAACACUUGUACAAUCUUACACUAAAGGAAAACAAUUAUAUUUUGUUUUAUGUUCAGUUUUCAUUAACUGAGUCAUUUUUAAAAUUGGAGGAAACACUCCUGUCUCCUCCUUGUCUCCCAUUCAUCAGCGAGGCUAUACCUGAAUCAAGAAUAAUAAGUUGUAAAAAUAAUUCAUCUUGGUAAAGGCCUAUGCUUCUCAGGCUGUAAAACAUGCCUACAAAUAUCCAACAAGAUCAACAAUAGCAUGCGAGCCAAUAAAAUGGGGACAGGGAGAGUUGUGUAUAUGUGUUUGCAUACCUAUGCAAAAGAACAAUAAAAUGCUAUAAGGCCACCUGCUUAUGAUGUACAAUUUCUGUACAUGUCUACUCAAAAGUAAGCCCCACUGGCUUCAGUGUGAUUUACACUCAGGUAAAUGUACCUAAGGGACGCGGGUGGCGCUGUGGGUUAAACCACAGAGCCUAGGAUUUGCCGGUUCAAAUCCCCGCGACGGGGUGAGCUCCCUUUGCUCGGUCCCUGCUCCUGCCAACCUAGCAGUUCGAAAGCAUGUCAAAGUGCAAGUAGAUAAAUAGGUACCACUCUGGCGGGAAGGUAAACGGCGUUUCCGUGCACCGUUCUGGUUCGCCAGAAGUGGCUUAGUCAUGCUGGCCACAUGACCCGGAAGCUGUACACCAGCUCCCUCGGCCAAUAAAGCGAGAUGAGCACCGCAACCCCAGAGUCGGCCACGACUGGGCCUAAUGGUCAGGGGUCCCUUUACCUUUACCUUUAAGUGUACCUAGGAUAUCAGCCUGACCUAGACAUAUGUCUUUUCACUUGAGAGCCAUGUGCAAUCCUUCACAUUUAAGUGGUAACAAUGUGGGAACAUCAAAUCACCAUUUGAAAAAUCAGAUCUUGCUGAUCUGAAGAUUGCAUACUCACUCUUGUCAAUAUAUCCCCAAAAUGCAAUAUCUGAAGUAUCUGUGGAAACAAAGGGGAGGUUGGUGCAUGCCAGAGGUGCCAAGCUCUGCCCGACUUUGGGGAGGAGGCCCUUUGUGUGUGCAUGACAUCACACAUGUGACACUCUGCGAGGAGGCCCAGUGAGAUUAACCUCUGCUGUAGGUUUAGGCUAGCCAAGGUAACUCUCUCAGCCAAUGUUUCUGAUGUCUAGGGCAUCCUAGGGACAUGGUUCUACUUGUCAGACUUUUGUGCUUAUAUUCAUAUGCUGUGGUAACAUAGCAGUCAGGUAACAGCCAUAAAAUAAACAUGCUGACAUUGGCAAUGUCGCUUGCCGUGGAGACUCAAGGAUGACACAGACAGGCUGCUUUUGCUGCCUGAGUAAGCAAAGAUGCAAGACAUACCAAGGAUUUCAGACAUGAGCAGGGCCCAAGUGUAUUGCGUAGGCAGUUUUUUAAAGUCUCGGUGCAGUAAGGAAUACUAAAGGAAGAUCAAGCAGCCUACAUGCCUAUGCAAGCAGGAUGACAACAUUUAUCAAGGUUCAUGGCCAUGUGCUUGAGGUCACAAUUGAGCAACAAGCCAAAUUAACACAGACGUCAGCAAGGAGAGUUUAUGCAGACUCAUUCAGUUGUGGCAACGUUGUCCCUGCUUAUAUAUGUAACUAGAGCUUGUUUCUAAGGUGAGAGGUUAUUGUUCCUCUUCCGCAGGACUUUAGCAAGGCUAUACAUUACACAGAUAACAUGGAAAGCAGCCUGAAUAUUCUUGACUAGAUGCCUCUAUCAAGGAAAGGUGGAGCAUCUUAAUAUACUCACUUCCCCUCAUAUUCUCCUGCAUUCCUGAUGUUGCAGCUGAUGUUGAACUGUGCUUUGGGCUAGGAGUCACUGAGCUGGCUCUUUCCUUGAUUGUUAGCUCCCAUGUGAUUUGAAACAAAACUGUCCAACUGUUAACUGAACUAGAAUCAUAGAGUUGUAUAGUUAGAAUCCUGAGGCUCAUGUAGUCCAACUCCUUGCAGUGCAGGAAUAUGCAGCUGUCCCAUGUAGGGAUCAAACCUGCAACCUUGGCAUUAUCAGCACCACACUCUACCCAACUGAGCUAUCCUAGGCUAAUUGCUGGCUGGCUGGCUGGCUGGCUGGCUGCCUAAGACUAUAAACUGUAAGCUGUUCUAGUAGUUCUAUAUGACUAGAAUGGAUUGGCAGUUGUAGCUUCCAUUCAGGGGCAUUGUUGACUCAAGUCAUUUAAGUACUUAGCAUCCUCCCUGUUUUGGCUGGUAUCUCAAAUCACCUGGCAAUCCUACACAAAUCGGAAUGAUGAUACAAUUCAUCUGCAAAAAGCUCUCCAAUCCUCCUGAGGGCUUAUUCAGCACAUGAACUGACUUGAUACUGAAUUCUAGUAUCCCAGUCAGAAAUCUUUCCAGCGUAAUUCUGAUGAACAAAGAGGCAAUCUAGAAUUUCCUCAGCCAGGAAUAAUUAACAACAGUCUGUUUUAUUGAUUAGGAAAAUGGAACUGUGAAGAAGAUCAUCAGCCAGAUGACGCAGAAUCUACUGAUGACUCUUGCGGCACGCAAUCAGUACCAGGAGAUCAGAGAGAAGUUCCGCCAACCCGUGACUGACAAAGGCACAAUCCUUAAAACAAAGCCUCAGUCGUCACAGAAGGACAUACUGAGUGUUUGCUGUGACCCACUUGUCCUUGCGCAGCAACUCACACACAUUGAGCUGGUGAGUUCCUUUAUCUUCCAUCUACUUGAAGGUUUAGCAGGGCCAGGGCAAGCUGUUCUCCAGCCGAGCUGAAGGUUUCUCAAACCUUCAAGCUGUAACUCAGCCGAACUCCAGCAAGCUGAGUUACAGCUUGAAGGUUUGAGAAAAGUGGCUUCUAGAUAUAAGAGAGACUGAAGGAAGAAGGGAGCCUGGCAGUUACAGAGACAAUGAACUCACUUGAGUUGGAGAGAGAAAAGACCACUUGCGACUGAUCACUUUCUCACUCCUGCAACCUCUUUUAGGAGAUUCAUUGCAUUAUCAAACUCUUGUUCCUGACUUGGAAUAUCUCAAGGGGGAAAAGGGAGGGGGAAGAGGAGUCACAGUCAACGUCAGAAGCUCACUGUCUUCUAAAUUGUUCAAAUGAGUACUUCAGCCACUCAAUCCAUCCCUACAUGCUACCAGGACUGGUUUCAAAUGUCAUCUCAGAGCAAGGCUAACACACCCAGAGCCUGGGAGAGACAAAUGAAAGCAGAAAUCUUUCCCAAGGACCACCUCUCUUAAAGGUCCAACCACAUAUCUGCAUUACUGUUCCCUGGUUCCCUGACCUGGAGUAAGGGAUGCCAAAUAUUAACCUGGAAGCUCUGCUGGUGAAUAUGCAGCUGUGAAACCACCUGCCCCACUACAUCAAUGGUUAUUUUGCCCACCAUCACUCCUCUCUGCUGUGCUGGGCAGCUAGAAUCUGCUUGCUAGAGCAGAGAAGGAAAAAAGGGUGGAGAAAGGACCAAUGGAGCAGCAGGGUGGGAAGACACUCUGCCACAUGUCUUCUCACUGCUCUACGCCCUUACAGAACCUCCUGGUUAGCAACAAGCAAUCCAAGCUGAUGCAUUUCAAAAAUUCAUUCCUGCACUUUCCAUAAGCGCCAACUUACACUGCAUACGCACAAUGCAUUUAAAGCUUGUGGUCCCCCAAAAGGAAUCCUGAGAACAGUCAUUUAAAGGUGCUGGGAAUGGUAGUUCUGUGAGGGGCAAACUACAGAUCCUGGGGUCUUUGGAGGGCAAGCAGUGUGCUUUAAAUGGAUAUUCACAGCCUUAGGCACAACUAGAAUCUGGUCAGGCAGUACUGAAAAAUCUAGACAAAGAAAGGGGUAGCAAGAGAGAAAGCAAACUCUUAAGUAUGCGUGCGACUCUGUGAAGCAGCACAAGGUGUGUCUUUUACAGGACCCAAAGCCUAUUCUGUUAAACAGAUGUCAAUUAAGAUCUGGCCCGACAGGGCUGGCUGGCUGUCAAUCCACAGCUCUCUGUUCCUCAUAUGUGUGCUUGCAAAAUUGACGGCCUUUGCUAUCUUGCUGUAUCUAGGAGAGGGUGAGCAACAUUUACCCCGAGGACCUCAUGCAAAUAGUCAGCCACGUGGACUCCCUGGAUAAUCACAAGGUGCGUACAAAGUGUGAACGCAGUGGCAAUUUGAAACAGGGCUACAGGUAACAUUGUGUGCAUGGCUUAUAAAGGUGUUUAAAAUUAAAGGCAAACUUAGCUUGUUUCUGUAACAGUUUAAGUGUUAUAGUUUUCCCCAAAGAAUCUUGAGCAUUGUAGCUUGGUAAGGGCACGGUAUGGGUUAGGAUUAAGAUCCUUGGCCAGAAAUCCCUAGUCUACUAUCUCCCACCCAGAACUACAGUUUCCAGGAUUUCCUCAAGAAAGAGGAUGACUGUUACAGCAGACUAAAUCCAUAGCACGGUGCCCUCUAGAUAUUUUGGACCACAACUCCCAUCAAUCACAGUCCUGUGGUGACUGGAGCUGAUGCGAAUUUUGGUACACAACAACUGGUGUAGACAUUCCAUCAAUAGCUCCCUAUGUUCCUAUGGCACAUACCAAGUUUUUGUACACCCGAGAAUCGAAUGUGAAGAAAUAGGAAAAUUAUCACCUUCAGUAUUUAGCUAGUUUCUUGAACUAUCAAACCAUCAAGCUGCACUUGGAUAUGGGAGAAUAAAGAGGGGUGUACUCUAAGAGAGGGAUAGCCAAUGUGGUGCCAUUCAGAUGUUGCUGAACUCUCAACUCUCAGCAACCUUGGUAAAUGUUCAGGGAUUGUGAGAGCUGAAGUCCAAUAUCAUCUGUAAGGACCAUAGAGCUCUGCUCUAAUAGGACAAGUCCUGUUAAAUAAGCUGAAUGCACUGAUUUCUUUGCUGGCUGAGGCUUUCAGUACAUUUUAAUAUAUUGUGCAUACAUAUAGCAUGACAGACGAAGGAGGCCUUUUUUGUUCAUGCUUUAUGAGACUUAAGCAUUGAGGAUAAACAAACAAAUUGCUGGAUAAGACAAUAGCCCCUAUCACUGCCCCCAUCCCCUUUGUCUCUUAGGUGCCCUGUGGAUUUUAUUCGGGUAGGAGGGAGAGAGAUCCCUAUUUGUGAGCUGCCACCUACACAGCUGGGAGAACAUGUAAAGAGCACCUUAUGUAGCAGUUCUUUUCUGCAAGUUAGCAAUUAUGGAAUUCAGAGAUCAAGGAAGUCUGCAGGGAUAUUGUACAAGACUGGGAUCUGUCUAGACACAACAACAAGAAAAGAUUAAAUAUCAUAAUUCACACUAGUACUUAUUAUUUUGAGCCUCUUUCCUUAAAGUCCCCAGGUAGCAAAGUGUCAUAUGUUGUUAUAUUUUUUUCAACCUUCCUUCAAGGUUAAAAGCAAUUUGAAGUUUCUCAGUUACAUACAGUGAGUUGAGUACGCCCACCUUAGCUAUUGUUCCCUACUAGCAUAUAAUGUUACUGAACAUGCACUCAUCUCUUAAAUAUGACAAAAUGGGUUUGGACAGUGUAUUUCCCCCCCCCCCCGCUUGUCAUUUCUAAACACUUAUUGAAGACAAUAUGCAAAUCCUUACUAUUUUCACAAACACCCCAGGAGGAAAGCACGAGAAAUAUACACCCCUUUCUCUCUGAAUGCUCUAAGUGGUUUCCCAGACAGCUGUCCAGACCAAAAAUUCAGAAUAUAAAAGAGAACCAAAAUUCUUAUUUUUAAUGGUGCACUUAUAGCCAAAACAAUUGGCCAUAUUUGGGGUGUUCCCCUUCCACAAUUAUAAUUGUGCAAGGGAGGAAACAACAGGGCCAUGCUUCAUGGCCUCACCCCUUCCUUAGGGGGUGUUGUCAUUGCCCAGACUGUGAAUCUCACACAUUUGUACAAUGUGGCUGCCCACUUGUGGAAUGUUCUCCCCGGGAAGUCUCGCCUGGCACCCUCAUUACAUAUCCAACACCACAUGGAUACCACAUGGGAUGGGGGAGUUUGUUUGCCCCAUGUUGCCGUUGAAUCGCAGCCUGGAGAGUGUGUCUGUCUUUGAAGCAUGCAAGCUGAAGUCACUUGUGUGGAGAUGCAUGGGUGUCACUGGAAACAACCAUUUUUUUGCAAGCGCUUCGUACAGGCAUAAUUUACAACCUUUCUUUUGCAGUGCCGAGGCGACGUUACUAAGACUUACACUCUGGAGGCAUACGACAACUGGUUUAAUUGCCUCAGCAUGUUGGUGGCGACGGAGAUUUGUAAGGCAAGUACUGACAAGGGAAAUGUGCCAGCUACUCUUCCUUCACUCUCGCAGUUUUUGGCCCAACUCAUUCCAAACUGCCUUGGCUGAAACUCUGUGUAUCUUGGCCACCUCCCACCAAGUAACAUCUCCUCUGGCUCAGGAUGCAUAUGAAUGCACCCGCCCAUGCAAAAAUGCAAUCCUUUACAGAAUAUUUGCUGGCACUUGAAGUCAGCUUCCAUUUGUAUUUUUUGCACCCAUUCUCAUCCUGUUCUGAUUUGACUCACGCUGCGUAGCAAAAGCCCAAUUCAUACAUUCCCCAAGCAGCAUUACUGCUGCUUCACCUGGCUCCAUCCCAUGCGACGCUAAUACUGUAGGAUGUAGUGAUAUCCCAGGAGGCUCCUUCAUCACUGUACUUCCCCUUGAGUUCUAGCAGAUGUGGCACUGCAAAGUCCCCUGUGACUUUCGCCUCCAACACAAUUCAGUGUGUCAUAUAUUUCUGGAACUUUAUGGGAUGGGGGCUGUGGGAAACAGCAACCAUGUUGCUCUGGAAAUGUAUGAACUGAACCACAGCGAGGGAACAGGAAUGGGUUUGGUCAUAUGAAUACACAUCAUGCCUUGUGACGUGGGUGGCACUGUUGUCUAAACCACUGAGCCUCUUGGGCUUGCCCUGCAGAAGGUCGAUAGUUCGAAUCCCUGCGACAGAGUGAGCUCCCAUUGCUCUGUCCCAGCUUCUGCCAACCUAGCAGUUUGAAAGCAUGCCAGUGCAAGUAGAUAAAUAGGUACCGCUGUGGCAGGAAGGUAAACGGUGUUUCUGUGCGCUCUGGCUUCUGUCACAAUGUUCCGUUGCACCAGAAGCGGUUUAGUCAUGCUGGCCACAUGACCCGGAAAGCUGUCUGUGGAAAAACGCUGGCUUCCUCAGCCUGAAAGUGAGAUGAGUGCCGCAACCCCAUAAUCACCUUUGACUGAGCUUAACCGUCCAGGGUCCUUUACCUUUACCUUUUUACCUUUUACAUCAUGCCUUGUAACAAACAGUACACCUUCGCUUUAGAAUGAACAGUGUGUAGGUGUGGAAAUGCAAUAGUCUUUGUGGCUUCCAAGAUGCAAGCUUCGCUUGAUCUGCUUACAGUGCCAAACUAAAACAUACAGCAUGUGCCUCUUUCUCAAACUCCAUAUAAUAAAAAGGAAGGGAGAAUUGUGUGCCUGUGACAUGAAAGUAUCUAGAGGUACUUAGAACAACCAUUAGUGACUGAGAGCUGAACCACUUUCUUAGAGUUUGUGAAAACCCAGUAUAGAGAAUAUGUAGGCUUACCUCAACAGAAGUGUCUUCUCUGUAUGCAAACAGGUGGACACCAACCGCACAUAGGAUUCGUAACAUGUCAGAGUCUGACCGGAAGAUGGAAAUGUAUCCCAAAACAUCAUCUUCCAGACGUACGAAAUCAGUAUGGUAGUGAAAAACUUACAGUGAUAAAUUUUAGAGUGCAUUUUUCCAAAAUUCUUAGAGUCAUGUGGCAGAAUCAUGUGGUUGCAUCCUUCCUGGAUUAUAUCACUUUAGAUUGCAGAUAGGCAAUGAGAUUUUUGGAUGCUCCACCAUGUCAGUUAAUUUUCUGCAUGUAAAAUCUUGCACGCUGGGAGAAAGGUUCUAGCAUAGCCUCUCCCUACAUGAGAUUCCCUACAAGAAAAACAUUUGUUAGCCCUCGGAAACAAAACUUGAAAAAAUAAUGCACAAAGCGAGCAUUGAUCCACUAUCAACAAGGCUAGUGAACAGUGACUGAUAAUUGUACCAAACCCAUUAAUUCUCAGAAGCUAAUUACAAACAGCACAGGCAAAAAUGCAACUCAGCAACACGUCAUGUGGGAAGCAAAUGUGUUUUUUAAAAAACAUGGGGCAGUCAUUUGGACAAAGCUAAGAAUUUUAAAACCCUUUGUUUUCAGGGGGAGAGAUUUAAGUGCACGCCUAAGUCUCCCACUUUAAAUGAAAAAUGUAAAGAUAUUUUUUCCCACUGUGGCAAACUGCAGUGGUGGCACCAGGAUUCUCCUGGGAAAAUGCUUCACUCGGGGAGGGAGGGGGACACCUUGGACCUUCCUUGCAGUGAAGGAGAAGAAGGUGCAUGGGGUGGAAGACAUGUUCACUUUGCUAGGUGGUAGCAUCAGGACUAGCAGCCAAUAAUGAGGUGAGCGGGGGUGAGGGGCCAGCAAUUUUUCGCUGCCUUGUCUGAGACCAUUUUCUUGCUCUGCCUUAAUAAUUGUGCAAAUGCUGUUGAUUAGUCUCAUUUCCCUGCAGAUUUGAAGUGAGCUCAGGAUAUCUUAUCAACAGUAACGUUAAAAAAAGCUGGAUUAUAAAUCCUCAGUGCUAUAGUGAAGCAAACCCCCUGCUUCCACCCUACCGAAGCACACCUCCCCUGGAUGGAAUAUUUCCUAUUUUCUACAUUUGAGGACAGGAUGUUUUAAAUGUAUUUGGUAUUCCAGUCACCAAAAUCAUUCUUUCUUUGCUUGACAAAAUUUCCCCAAUGCCUAGUUUCUUCCUUACCUAAGGCUACAGGAUUCCAGCAUCCAUGGACAUACAAAGUUUUCAUGAUCUUCCAAAGAUAAUGGCUCUUUAAACAAAACAGGGAUCUUAGAUCACUAUCACAAAGGCUUACUCUAAAAAAGGGGGGGGAGGUGACUCAAAUCAGGAUAGAAGCAUCAACACCUUUUCCACUGAAAUACUCUUCCUCAAAGCCUUUUUUUAAAAAAAAAAAUGUUGUUUGCUUGCGGGAUUGCCAUGCCUCCAUUGAGUAAAUGCUACCCCACUUCUCCCAUUCAAGGUUUGCAUUUAAAAUUUCAGGUUGUGAAGAAAAAGCAGCGGACAAGAAUAGUGGAAUUUUUCAUUGAUGUGGCAAGAGAGUGCUUCAACAUUGGAAACUUUAAUUCCAUGAUGGCCAUUAUCUGUGAGUACUCUUCCGCAAGGCACCUGUGGGCAGUGUGUGUGACAGCGUCAGUAGAAUGAUGGUGUUUGAGUAGAUGCAGCGUCCCGCUGAGAGUGCUGCACUCUGGAUGACAAAUGGGCAUCAAAGAUAUUACCAAGUGAGUGUCUCCAAAUAAUUAACUGGUAAGCAGUGGGAGAUCAAAAGAAGAGACAGGGGAAAGACAGGUAAAAGUAGUCUGCGCUUGCCAAAGAGAUGAGCCACACAAGACGUUUUCAUGCGUUGCAGAAUGGCAAAUCAGAGUUUGAUGCUCAAAGCAUAUUUGACAGAGAGGUACAACCAAUCCUGGCUCCCUGGUGCGAGUGAGUCAGUGCAUGUUUGCACAAGACAAGUGUGCCUCUUCUUGUCUACGUAAUCUAGUGCACACUUAGAAUAUUUGAGGUGUAUGCCUAAUGUAUAAAUUGUCCUGAUUACAUUAAAGGACACUUGGGGGGGGGGGAUAAUCAGAGAUUAUCCAAAUCCUGAAAAUGCAAACUUCUCCCAGCUUCAAAACUUUGGCACAGAUGUAACAAAAGUGACCAAAAGUAGACACAGAAUUGUUUUCUCAAUAGCAAAAUUUCCCUCCAUCCUGCGUUAAAACAUGCUUAAGGUACGCAACAGCCGUCUUAAUUGGGAUUAAGCUAAGAAGAAUUCCUGUCCUAGACUCAAAACUGGCAUUGUCACCUGAAGAGGAAACACACAUAGAUGAAGGCUGUAGAGACACAUUGUCAGCCCCACUGGCAGGUGUCACAUGACUGCUCCAGCCCCACCUUGCUUUAAAGUACACUUUUGCAGCCAGCAGCCUUCUGUAUUCAUGGAGGUUCCCUGUGUGAGUUAGGCUUUUGGAAGAUCGGGGUUUCCACCCACUGCAGAAGUACACUUUAAACAUGCAAAUGGGCUGGCAGCCCCAGUUAAGAGAGCUGCAACCCCAACUUACAGAUGUUCCCUCUUCAGGGAAGGGGGCUUAAGAAUCCUGGUUAAGUGGGAUGCCAGGUCAGUGCUGGUGCCAGUGCAGUGCUUAACCAUAGACAGGGUGGCUAAGGAGGGAUGCAGUCUGGAGAGGAGAGGAACAAGUGAGAAGGAGCAUGUGAUCCCAUGGCCUGUUUCUGAUCUUUGUUACAUCUGCACUACACUCCUUUGACACAACUGCCUGCAGAAGUAGUGAUUUGCAGUACAUAGCACCAACAAUGCUGCUGGAAGCAUCCUGACAGACAUGCAGGGAUGUUUUCAAUGAUUUGCUGAAAAUUUUCCAUUUGUUUUUUUCUUUCUCUAUUUAGCGGGUAUGAACUUGAGUCCUGUUGCCCGGCUAAAGAAAACUUGGUCCAAAGUCAAAACAGCCAAAUUUGAUGUGUUAGAGGUAAUUACAUCAUCAUCAUUUAUACACUGCUUUGUCCCAAGUAGUUCACAACACAACAGCAAAAAUCUGCAUCAUUGCAUUAUUAGAACAGCCCAGAACAAUUGAUUUUAAAGCGUGAUAGUAUUAUCAAAAUGAAUGGUUUGGAUUUUCCUAACAUUAUAGCACCAUAAACGGUUCAUGCUUUGCCAUGUACUGCCAGAAAUGUACAGCUACAACAUGCCAUGUAUUUCUUCCUUUUAAAAAAGUAUUUAAAACUGUGUUUAGUAAUUGUUCUCUGCCCAUAGCCAGAUAGUAUGAAUGAAGCUCAAAAGGUACACUAUAAGAAGCUGAGUGAGAAACAACAAAGAUAGCAUGAUCUGUCAAAAGCCAUUGAAUUUCUUCACAAACUUUAAUUCAGUUUCAGUAGAAAAUAAUAUUUAAAAGUUCUCCAGUGCUCAUCAGACAUCUGCAGCUUUGCCCACACUGGGCUGGAACACUGCAGAGAAGGAAUACAUUGGUUCAUCUUACUGAGCAAUUGGGCAGAAUAGUGCCUGUGCAUCUUUAGUCCAUAAGUAAAAGAUCCUUCUUAAAAACGGGAGCUGAACUUUCAGAGAAAGGACCUGAAAUAUCCCUAAUUGUGGCCGGUGCCCCCUCCUCCACCUCAGUCCCUGUGGUAUCAGCCCUGAUUAAACCCAAGUGAUUCUCCUUUUGCCUUCAUGAUGUAUAUUCAUCUCCAAUUUAAGUCUGCCAUCUGGUGGAGAGUGAUGAUCAAUAUUUAACCAGAGUAAUCCCUGCCACAAACCUCUCGUUAUUUUUUAAAUCGUUUGAAAACAAGCACAGCUGGGGAAGAGAGAAAGCAAGGAGGGUGAAAUGGUUUGGAAUAUUUGAAAGAUAUUGUUGGGGGCUUGUCCUGAAUCACUGGAAAUUUCACUAAUAUUCUGCCACUCUGGCCCUAAGUAAACCUUUGCAACAAAAACCAGUUGGUGAAAGAAGCAGAUCCCACUUUCAAACAAUAAAAUAUCAAAGCGGGAACAAAAAUUGAACACGUGAUGUUUCUCUCCAAAGGCAAUAUGUAGUAAUGCCUGAUGACUUAUAUGUGUGCACCCAACAAAUCAUAGGCAGUAUCUUUCCCAUCACUCCAGCACAAGGCUUUCCAGUGGACAGAGUUCAUAUGUGCAGCUGUAGGUCUUCAGGUGUCAGGUAAUCAAGUGAUGUACAUGGAUGUGUGAACCAACCCUGAAAAUCUCUGGAUCACAAAUCCCGGGUCAAAUCCAAACCUGCCCAUGCAGCGUAUAGGCAAGCACCCAUCUCAUACAGAACUCUCCAUACUCCUUUGGUUCCUCAGAAUGCAACCUGUCUAAAGGAAUGAAAUAGCACUUCCUCCAGUCUCAAGAAGGUUCUGUGGGGAGGAUGUUUGUAAUUAUCAGAUGCUGUAAGCAAUAGGAAUAUGUCUAAAUCUUUUUUUAAAGUCUUUUAUAGGGGGGGAAACCGAUCCUGAAGGAGAAGGAACAACUCACCCCCAUCCUGAUCACUAUAAAGCAAAUUUUGUAAGCCUUUGUACUCAGAGGAAUUCUAACAAAUUCUCUUUUUGAUCCAAACAGCAUCACAUGGACCCAUCCAGCAACUUUUGCAAUUACCGAACAGCCCUUCAAGGAGCAGCACAGAGAUCCCAGACAGCACACAGCAGCAGGGAGAAAAUAGUCAUCCCCGUUUUCAACCUCUUCAUUAAAGAUAUCUACUUUCUGCAUAAAAUACACACCAACCACUUGCCCAACGGACAGAUCAACUUCAAGGUACAGCUUGUUUUGCAGGCAGUGAAUGAAGCAGUUGCACAGUGAGUGCUGCAGGCAGACAAAACAUCCAAGCAAAAGAACAGAAGGCCAUAUGUAGUCAGUGAGGCUUGCCACCUGGCCAUUUUUAUACUGAUCUGUUUGCGUUCUCUUCCUUCAGAAUAGGUUUGUCACAGCUUGCUCACAGCCUCACGUUCAAGCAAGAGCAAUUAACCAAUCAGGGGCAGGGUGGGGGGGAAUUGCAUUUGAAGUGAGUGCAUCUCGGCAACGACAAAAAUUUGGGUUACUUGCUAUCACAACACUGAACACAGAACCUCUGUCUCCUAUGUCCCCAUCUGUAGAAGAUGGAAGUGCUGACUGCAUAAUGGGCAGGGGAUGAAACUAUUUUACCUAGUGGUUAGAGUGCCAGAACAGGACCUGGGAGGCUUGGGUUCAAAUCCCUGCUUGGCCACAAAGCUGGUGAUGCCAGGAUUGCACAGAGGGGCUGGUUGCAUGAUCCGGUGCUUCUACAUGGGAGGAGGGAGUGAGGUGGCUGCUCCCAUGUGCACGAUUGCAGCAGCUCUAAAAAGGCCGAUUGCAGCUGUGCCAAUGAAGGUGACUGCAAAUCCAUAGGGAUGCAUCCAGUUCUGUCCUAGUGCUUGUGCAACCAAACUCCUUGGCUCUUCCUGCACAUACCUCAAACCAGCUCUGGAGGGUUUGGAGGACUCUGGAGCACUUUGGGGAAGGAAGGGUGCAUGGGCAAGGGAAGAGAAAGUUAUGUUUUGCGCAGCACUGGAUGCAGCCCAUACAGUUGACAAGCCUUUUGAUGGCCCUGUUUCCUGGGGGGGGGGGCGGGGGGCUGCACACUGUCAUCUCUAACUGUUGAACUACAGGCUUAACCAAAGUUCAGAAGGUGGCAUGAAAUAAACAAUAAUGAAAUGCUGAUUGGAAUAAUUUUAUCUCACACAGAAGUUCUGGGAAGUUUCAAGGCAAAUCCAUGACUUUAUCACAUGGAAGCAGGUGGAGUGUCCUUUUGAGAAGGACAAGAAAAUCCAGAGCUACCUGCUCACAGCACCUAUUUAUAGUGAAGAAGGUAAGAUUCUUCGGCAGCUCACGCAAAAUUUGCUCGUUUCCACAAACAGCAUGUGCAAGAGGCUCAACGGUGAAAGUGAAAAUGGGCAAAUUUGCCAACAGCUGUGGAUGUUGUUGGUGCUGAAGAGGAAGAGGAAGAGAUAUAAACUCUGCAACCGACAAGCAUAAACCACAUGGCAGUAUUCUAAGAAUCCAUUAGAGGAUUCCUUUGGCUGUUAGGGCUCCGUUUGAAAGGAUACAUACUUGCAAGGCUGCUGACAGUAAUGCAACCACAAUGUUUUAUAGGCUUAGGGUCCAAGGCGGCAGGUGUAGUUAUAACUACCCAUGCUUUACAGAAUACCACGGAGAUAAGAGGGGGGAAAUGUAUUCUAUCUUUUAUGUCUCCUAAAAUGCUAUCGUUUGACAUCAUUAUGGCUAUAAAAGGAGAAGGGCUGUAGCUCUGCUUGAGUUGCGGAAGGAACAGACAGGGGUGGGAAUGUUCCCUGUCCCAAGUUGUGGAAAGACACUGCCAGUCAAAGCAGUACUGAGCUAGGUUGGGCAAUGUUCUUACUACAUAUAAGGCCACUUCCUCUGUUCCUAUGUGAUUAAAAUCCUGUUACAUGUUCUGACUGACUUCCCGUCCUUCUCUGCCCCACCUUCCCAACCCUCAGCUUUGUUUAUUGCAUCAUUUGAAAGUGAAGGUCCAGAAAAUCAUAUGGAGAAAGACAGCUGGAAGACACUCAGGUAAUGAAACCAGUUCCUUGGUUCUUUCUCAUACUGAGAAAUGCAACCUACGCUACCAGCCUUUUUGAGCCUUCAGAAAUUUGGCAUGGGAGCUACACAUUAGGUAAAGAAAAGGUGCCGCCAAAGUUUGCCAUGCUCAUGGACUCCAUGGUGCUUGCCUCAAUUGAGAGGCGAGAAUUAGAAGGCCAUUAAUUCUUCUCUAGCUCAAAUUAAAACCAAAGCCACACAAGACUUCUUGGUCUAUUUCUGCUUUGAAGGACUACACUGAAAGCCAAAUACCCAGACCACCCAGGGGAACAUAACCCCCCAUGCAAGACAUGAUUGUACAGUAUGUGAAGGGGGGGAUGACAUUGUACAAUGCUCAUCUUUGUUGAAAAAUAGAAAGCCAACACAACCAGCAAAGGACUUCUCCCUGGUCUACUAGUUUCCUUUUUGCAGGAUGUUUUGUGUGGGUUUUUAAUAUUUAACUUGGAUAGUAUUGAGAAGUGAUAUUUUCCACCUGUUGCCUGAGGCACUACAGCCCAUCAACAUUCUGCAAUCUUAUUUUCACUUCAUUUUGCUGCAAAUUUAAAUCCAACACAGUAGAACAGCUGGCCUUCCUGGACAAAGGCUGGAUCCAAAAUCACUUUUUGGUUGAGAAAUACAGUGUAGGUGUAGUAGCUAGUAGUAGUCUAGAUUUUUUUAAUAUAAAAAACAAACAAACCAGGGAACACCAGUUCCAAUAUCAGGGGCCCGAAACCUGAUCUGUAGUCAGUUUUCAAUACAUGGUUGAGGACUGGCAAGUCAUUAUCAAAUGACUGAGAAUACUGGGGUAAACUAAGUACACAGGUAACAGAGAAAACUAGAAACCUAAUCAUCCAGCUAGGCAGUUGGAGAUCUGAAGCCAAGCUUAAUGGGGCAGCCAGACACUAAUAGCUGGGAACUUAUACCAGCCAGUAAUCUGAGCUGAUCUCAAGUAUAUUCGCAGUUGCAUCUGUUUCGCUUAAUGUAACUUAAGGUGAUAACAUUUAAGACGAUUUGCUGACGUUAUCUUUUCAUUUUUAUCUCUUCAUUUUUAGGACAACUCUGCUCAACAGAGCCUGA